AUGAAGUUCCUCAAAGGUGUGGACUUUGUGGCACGGACCAGCACUCCCCAAGACACUCUAGAUUUGUUGUCAGAGCUGAAGGAAUGCCUCAGCUCGGUAGCCAAAAAUGCAGAUCCUGGGAGCCAAGCUUCCAAACAGGCAACAGCAUGUGAUGGAAUCCUGCGGGCCUGCAUCCACAGGUUUGCCGAAGGCUCGAUCCGCCCAGAUCACCUGGAAGGUCUCCGGACUCUGGCUGAGAGGGCCUACCAUGGCUACGUGGAGGCUCGGCCGCAGUAUACUCCUCUCUACCUGGAAAGGUUGCUCUACCACUUGCUGAGAGGCGCUGCUUCCCGGGGCCCAUCGGAGACCAGCCUGGGCUUUGCGAACCUCCUCUACACCGAACUGUUGAAGCACCAGCCUCCGGAGGUGCCCUCCGACGACUUCGCGUCCAUCGCCAAGAGUGCCUUUAGCGUGCUGUGGAAGAGCACCGACGCCGUGGCUAAAACAGAACGGGCUCCCACCCGAUUCAGGGCGGUCCUCUCGGCGCAGCUGCAAGCGGUGCGCUUCUUGGUUCUCCUGGAGCACAACUCCUCUGUCCUCUCACUCAGAGAGCCCCCGUUCUUUACCUCUGUGGCGGCCCAGCAUGCCGCCGCUGCCGCUUCUGUGUUUGAGGCCCAGCGGAGCCCACUGUCCAGGGAGGAGGCUUGUUUCCUCAGCGAGCAGCUGUUCGGCCAUCUUGUCGUAGGGCUUCUGGAAAAGAGGGGCUCGAGCGAAACUUUGCCCUUCCAGGACAAGCUCUGCAUCCUUGAACUCACUGUGGUGAGGUCCCGGUACCUCUGCAAGAGCGGCUGCUUUGCAGAGGGCGAGGAAGUUCUCCAGCAGUCCCAGGGCUGUUUGAGAAGCUCCAAGAAAAGAAGGAGCUUCUUUAGUGCAUGUCUGGAUGUUCUCUCCAUUGGCGUUGAGCUGAACAGAGUAUUGGCGCUUCAGGAUGUCUCAGUAGGAGCCCUCUUUGCCCGAGCUGCUGAGAUCCUGAACACCUUGCUGGAUGCUAACGAGCAUCUGCUAAAAGUGACGGUCGAAAGUUGCCAGUUGUUCAUCACGGCUCUAUAUGGAUACGCCAGAGAAACGAAACGGAGCAUCCUCAGUCUACAUGACGUUCUGGGGAUCUCUGCCUUUAUGGAAAGAUACUUUGAGCUGCUUGGCAAGCUGCUGAAUGCUGUUCCGCCAGACAAUGUGAAACAGCAGCCAGCUCUGAAGAAGCUGCUGUACCACUUCGCCCAGCUGUACACCACCUUAGUAUAUGAUUCUCUUCAGACUCUGCAGGGGCCAGGGUCUCCAGGGAUGCUACAGCUGGUGGCGUCCCUUCAGAAGGUUGCUUCCUGGAUGCUGGAUAUGCUAGCAGGUCUUCCACAGAGCGAGCAGGCAGAAUACCUGGAUGUCUCAGCAUAUUGCGUGUCACGGCUGGGCUACAGCUUCUACUGUCAGAAGAUGCACGUUGAGUCUAACUUGAUAGUAGAGCUCUUCUGCAGGAGGCUGGGCAAGGAAGAGCUGUUCAAGAAUCCAGAAUUCCCUACAGAAAAGCUACACAAUUGCUUCAGGCUGCUUGUGGAAAACUACAGGAAGCUGGGCUUGUUAGAGGAGGCUCUCCAGGCUGUGGUACUGUGGCUGGUCACACAGCACAACAAGAUCACGGAGCAGAUGGCGGAACCGGUCUCCUUCUGGCUGAAAGUCAAGAUGGAUGCCAGCAAAAAUGGGGCCGAUGACCUCAGACUAAAGACUCUGAAGGAGGGCCUGGACGGAUGUCACUUGGCCCCUGAGGUUCUGCUGAAAGUGCUGUUGGAGGAACUGAAGGCCUACAAGGGUGUGCGAGCUGACACCGGCCAAGAGCGCUUCAACGUGAUCUGUGACCUACUGGACAUAUGCUCAGAGGGCAGUAGCUUGGUACAUGAGCGGGCUGUGAUCCUGAUAGAACUGGCUCAGGUGCUGUGUUACCAUGACUACACGGAGCAGACAGAAUGCUCUGCCCUGGAUUCUGUCCGCGAAGCCCUGCGACUGCUAGACUUGGUCCCUAGAACUCCCCGGAAUGAGGAACAGCUCCAGGAUGACAAGGCUCAAGCCCUGCUCUGGCUCUACAUCUGCACGAUUGAGAACAAAAUGCAUGAGAGCAAUAAGCAAGAACAAAGAACCAAAAACAGCCGCGCCCAGGAACUAAAGACUUCACGGGUUCUCGAAGGCGUGGAGACAAACGAUCUCGGCUAUGAGGACAAGACCCAGGAUGACAAGUUCCUGUAUCUUGGCAUCGCAUUUAACCUGUCUGCGGAUUCUGCGCAAUCAAAGGGCUUGGAUGACGCCUGUGACUUGUGGAAGCAACUCCUCAGCAAAGGCCGGGUCCCAGGUGUGAGAAGCGUCGAGCAGACAAUGGCAUCCCUGCACAUCAUGGCCGGCCUGUACAGGAUGAUGGGAAAGCCGCUACAAGCCAUCGAGAGCUACUUCCUGAUCUCAGAGCUCUCUGGUGCCCUUGCAGAUGCUCUCGGGACGACCAACGCGUUGUGUCAGAUCGCCAAGCUGUUCUUCCAGCUAGAGUGUCCCGUUUACGCAGAGAUGGUCCUGAAGGAAGCGGAGUCCUGCUGGCAAAGCGUUGACCGAAGCAAAGACUCUGCCUUGCUGACAAAUCAAAUGCUCGCUGUCCUCCGAAGCAGAUUGUGCUUGGUGAAUGGCAAGGUUGAAGAAGGCCUCGGCCUGCUGCUAGAAAGCCUACAAAACCCAGCUUUGCAAAGGUCGUCUAAACUCUGGUACCUGCUCCGAGCCAGCACCCUCCAGUUAACAGCCGUGUAUCUCGGUCUGCCUCCUUCCUCCCUUCCACUGGCACUCAGGCAAAAACUGUGCGCUCAAGGGUGGAAGACCCCCGAAACUGCUCUGAGUGAUGCCCACAAACUCUACCGCAGCAUUAUUUCUAACUUCUUGUUGAUCAGCAGUGAGAAAUCCACUAAAGAUGUUCUGGACCAUCUGUUUGUAGAUCAUGGUGACAACCUUGUGCAGAAGUGGCAGGUGCUGGCUGACAUGUUUGUUUGUACCGAAACGUUUGUCUCCCUUCUUAGCAAGAUAGAGACUGUAAGUGAAGCAAAAGCGUUCUGCCUGGAAGCUCUCAAAAUCUCCAUGAAACUGCAGUCCCUCCGAUGGUGUGCUCGGUUUUUGGUCUUGAAGAGUGAACUGGAACUCCAGCGUGGCGAACUGGAGCUGUGUUGCUCUGAUCUUGAGCAGGUGCUAUUCCUUCUGGAAUCAGAUGCUGUGUUUGAAAUGAAAGAGGGAAAAGGCGACAUGAAAAUCAAGCCAAAGAAAGGCGGGUCUAAGGGCAAGAAGACGCGAGGCUUGUGCCCAGAGCCCCCCGAAGAGGAGCAGCCGUUCCUGCGAGAGGUCUCCCUGGAGUUUGUUGACACGGUUUCCAUGGAGAAGGGGAGAUCUCUCACAGACUCGCCAGUGCUGAAGCCCAAGCUGAAGAAGCAUCCCAGCUUCCUGACCCACCCGGACGGAUGCCGCUGCUCGCUCUGCUCCGACGUGGUCCUCUCGAGCGUCUGUCUCCGCUGGCUGGUGGCCUCUGCAGAGGCGGAGCUGGCGCUGGGGCACAAGGGAGAAGGGCUGCAGCUCCUUGAGGCUUGUCUGAAACGGUGCGCCGCCGUGACUUCGUACACCUCCAGCGCGGCGGCGGCCGUGUCUCGAAGCCAUGGCAGGAAGGCCGUUGACCAGAAUGUGCCCACAGUUGGACUCCUGGAUGACCUGGUGGCCCGUAUCUACGUGUCUCUGGCGAAACGAACUGUGAGCACCGGCCCAUCGGAGAAGAAACUGUGGAGGCUUCUAGAGACCAGCUUGGCCAUGCUGUCUUCCAAGAGGCUUCAGCUGCCGGGGCUCGAAUAUCAAAAGGCCAGCCUGCUGCUUACCAAAGCCGUCGCUGCCAUCUUGGUCCAAGCUUCCAGUCACGAGGGCUGUGUAGCAAGCAUCUUUUCUAGCGCCUGGCCCUGGAAGAGCCCAUUGUCCCUCUGCGAGAACAAAGAAAACCUGCCAACGGCUGCGGAGAAGAGGCUCGACGCGCUUUCUUCAGUGAAUAGAAACGAUGCCAAGAGGCCGUUGAAAGCGAUCCAGAAACUGAAGCCUAAGAGAAUCCUAGAAACCGAACCAAUUCCCAUGAUCCUUCCCAGUGACUCACUUGCCCUGGUUGACUCAGCUGCACAGGCCGCUCCGCUUGUCACUAGGCUACCCGUCGAGCCCUGUACCCCAGCCCAGAAAUCCUUUCCGACAGCCAGGAGGACGAGCAGGUCAACGGCGACCAAGCCGGCCCUCUCCUCCAAGGCCCCUUUUAAGAUUUUUGAGGAGUCUUCUUCUCCGAGGCUGAAGACUGAACUCUCAAAGGCUCCCAAAGUGUCUAGGAGAAUGAAGUCUCGUCUUAAGGUUGUGUUCAGCGAUGACAGCGACCUGGAAGGUCCCCCAGAAGCUACACAGGAGGUGAAGCUUCCUGCUGCCAAAGAACCGGCAGGCUCCGCCCGCAGGCCAGGGCGAAAGGCAGCCCCCAUCAGGAAGCAGUCAUCGGCGAGCCUUGCCAAAAUGGAGGGGUGCAGUGCCAGCUCUUCAGACGACCACCCCCGCGCCGCGAAGGCACAGCCUCCGCAUGGAAGGCCGGGCGGCAGGAGAACGGCUAAGCGGGGGAAGCCACAGGAAGAAACCCAGAAAGUGUCUUGUGAAGAGGAAAUGCUAAACGAGCCAGGAGAAGAAGGAAAGGAGGUUCUGAAGAUUGUUGAAGAGAGGCUCAAGGCCGGCUGUGAGGUCCUGCGGGGUUCGGGUGAGGAAGAAGCUGCUGAAGGGCAUAGAAGGCGACCUGUUCCUGAGCCGAAUGGCACAGAAGAGGACCAAGAGGUUCUCCGGCGUGAUGCCGGUGCUGAUUUGCAGGAGACUUUCCAAACUUCAGAGAAGCGAAGCCCCACGGACCCCUUUGAUUUGCAUGUUCUUUCCUUUGCUCUAGAAGUAGCUGCUAACCACCUUGUGACUAUUGCAGAUUCCUUCUCCGUGGACUCUGUCUAUGAAACCCUGCAAGCUGCCUUCUGUUCAAUCAGCCAUAACCCUCCGGGUGCCCUCUACAGUCAUCUCUGCCGACUCAUGGCACUGUGUAUUGGGAGCCGGGACCCUGUUGCUACCGCCUACCUGGUAUCGGAGUCGGUCGCUGUCACUCUUCGCCAUCAGAUCAUGAGCACCAUUCACAAAAGACUUGACAAGAUGAAGAAGGCCUCAGUGGCCAGUGCCUCGAGGCACCUGGAGAUGCUGAGCCUGCAGGAAGGGAGCACCGAUCCCCUGCUCCGGUGCCUCAAAGAAGUGCAGAACCUCUUUGCGUUCAGCUGUCCCAGUCCAGCUAAGCUGGAGACAGAAGACUUCAGAGAACAGCUGCGACAGAUCCCUGCUGGGGUAACAGUAUGUGUGCUGGCCCUGGUGAGCAUUGAGCCGGGAGCUGUUGGGGACAUCCUCCUGGUGACGCGGUUGGAGAAAGAUGCUGUCCCGGUGACCCUCCAGAUACAGACGAUGCACAGCAAAGUCUCCCUGAGCAUGGCGCUCAGCGAAUUCGAAGCCAUCCUGCAGGAACAGAAAGAGGUCUCCAACCUCACAGAGAAAGAGGAUUGGUGGCUUGGCCGGACUGCGCUGGACAAAAGAAUGAAGGCUUUGAUAGAGUCCUUGGAGAGGCAUGUGCUGGGCUGCUGGAGGGGUGCCUUGCUGCCAGCUUGCGAGGGCCAAGGCUUGGCAGAAGAAGCCUCUAGUCUUCAAAAAGGUCUCAGGGAGUGUGGCUGUGAGGUGGAUUUGGCACUGCUUAAGGUCAUGCUUACUGGAUCACAUCUCCUCAAUGCAGAAGACGUGCAGCACUUGUCGUGGGGGCUCAGCCCAGCUCAGCCUGAGAGAGCUCAGAACCUUCUUCAGGAGGCAGUAGAUAAAGUGGCAUCCUGUGCACGCCAAGCGUCAAGUGGCCACUUGGUCCUCGUGCUGGAUAAACAUCUGCAGAAGCUCCCCUGGGAAAACAUGCCAUGCCUGAAAUCCCAGACAGUGACUCGAUUACCUUCUCUACGUUUCCUGCUCAGCUAUUCGCUUACAAAAAAGUACCGUGAAAAGUCUGUCCUCAACCUGGGGAUAAAUGCGAGCAGCGCCUUCUACGUCUUGAACCCACAGAGGAACCUUUCUGGGACGGAGAAGAUGUUCAAAGACUGGUUUCAAAGUGAGCCCGGCUGGACGGGAGUGGUGGGUGAAGCGCCUGCUGCGGACCAAGUACCGUCGGCUCUUGAGGAACGGGACCUCUACAUCUAUGCUGGGCAUGGCGCAGGUGCCCGUUUCAUGGACUCCAUCCUGAAGGUGGACUGCAGGGCUGUGGCUCUGCUCUUUGGCUGCAGUAGCGCCGCUCUGGCGGUGCAGGGCAACUUGGAAGGAACUGGCGUCAUCCUCAAGUUCAUCCUGGCAGGGUGUCCCCUCGCUCUGGGAAACCUGUGGGAUGUGACGGACCGAGACAUCGAUCGCUACAUGGCGGCACUUCUGAAGAAUUGGCUCAAGGCAGGGUCUGGAGCGCCUCUGCUCCACUAUCUCAUACAGUCCCGCCAAGCUCCCAAACUCAAAUACAUGAUUGGAGCUGCUCCUGUAGCCUAUGGCUUGCCGGUCUCUCUGCAGUAG